ACCUUUUUGCUUUUCCUGCCAGCUCCCCACAAGUCACGCAGCCAGAACUCGGCUGCGAGUCAGGAAGGCAAAGAUCGCGAAGCUUGGCGCCGGGGAGCGCUCGAGCCAGGUGACACAGUCGUGGGUUCCCCGGCGCGGGCUUGACAGUUUCAUCCCCGCCCACUGGCAGGAGGGCGCCCAGCUGGGCUGCCCGCGCGCGCGCAGGGGGCCAUAAAAGCUGCGGCCGCGCGGAGACGCCGAGCUCGCCCACCGCCCGAGCAGCUGCCACACCAUGCACGUGAACGGCAAAGUGGCGCUGGUGACCGGCGCGGCGCAGGGCAUCGGCAGGGCCUUUGCAGAGGAGCUGCUGCACAAGGGCGCCAAGGUAGCGCUGGUCGAUUGCAAUCUUGAAGCAGGUGUAAAGUGUAAAGCUGCGCUGGAUGAACAGUUUGAACCUCAGAAGACUUUAUUCAUCCAGUGUGAUGUGGCUAACCAGGAACAACUGAGAGAUACUUUUAGAAAAGUUGUAGACCACUUUGGAAGACUGGACAUUUUGGUCAAUAAUGCUGGAGUGAAUAAUGAGAAAAACUGGGAAAAAACCCUGCAAAUUAAUUUGGUGUCUGUUAUCAGUGGAACCUAUCUUGGUUUGGAUUACAUGAGUAAGCAAAAUGGAGGUGAAGGCGGCAUCAUUAUCAAUAUGUCAUCUUUAGCAGGGCUCAUUCCUGUUGCACAGCAGCCUGUUUAUUGUGCCUCAAAGCACGGCAUAAUUGGAUUCACACGCUCAGCAGCGAUGGCAGCUAACCUUAUGAACAGUGGUGUGAGACUGAAUGCCAUUUGCCCAGGCUUUGUUAAUACGCCCAUCCUUGAAUCCAUUGAAAAAGAAGAAAACAUGGGACAAUAUAUAGAAUAUAAGGAUCAUAUCAAGGAUAUGAUGAAAUUUUAUGGAAUUUUGGAUCCAUCGAUGAUUGCCAAUGGAUUAAUAACACUCAUUGAAGAUGAUGCUUUAAAUGGCGCUAUUAUGAAGAUCACAACUUCUAAGGGAAUUCAUUUUCAAAACUAUGAUACAAUUCCGUUCCACACAAAAACUCAGUGAACAUCUUAUAUAUCAUCCAUCACUGAGACUAAGCAUGAAUGACUUAUAUUCAGACCAUAUCUUCAUUUGAAUAUAGCUUCUUAAAUGAAAUGUUAUUGUUUGAAGCUUUCCUUCAUGCAUUUGAUGUUCAUUUUUUUCUAAAUGAUUAGUUAAGUGUAUAGAUAAAAAAAUUAGGAACUAUCAAGAUAUGAUGUGGACCAAAGCCAGGUUUUGCUCUUUAUAGUCUAAGUAAUGAUUAAAACAAAGGAUAUUCAAGGAAUAUUCUGCCUUGCAGAAAAUGUGUUUAAAUUUGUGGUUCAUAAAUAUUAAUGUUUUUCAGAACAUCAUUUUUUUAAAGGAGAUACUUGAAUUGUUAUUUAAAUCAAACCAGAUAUAAAAACUCAUUUGUUUCUACAUUCCCCACUUUAAAGUGGGAAACUACCUACAAUGGCAAGUGGUUAGUAACAAUAACUUUUCCUUAUAUACCAUCUUUCAGCUGAACAUUUCAGCUCUUUAAAGAUGUGAUAUAUUUGAGGAUUGGUAGUUAAGGAGUAAAUUGCAAUGUAAAUAUAUCCCAAAUGAAAAAUCUGAUGUAUGGAAAAACAACAGAAAGUAACUGGCUGAGAUGCUGACCAACAGUUCAGCCUCCCUUGUGGGAAAAACAUUUCUUUCCUCUUUGUGUACUUUAAGAACUGUAAUUGACUCCAAAAAUCUCAGGAAUGAAACUCGUAACAGUUAUAGCAAAAAGGAUAGUUAGUGCUCCUAAAAAGUCAUAUUUAGGAUACACUCUUUAAGAAAAAAAAUACAAAUGUGAUUUUUUUUCAGGUUACUUCUUUGUCUAUUUGUACCAAUUUCAAAAGCACCUACCUGUCUGGAAAACUCUCUUUCUAAUCUCCAGAAGUUACUUAGUGUUCUAUGUGUAGCUAUUGAGGAGAAGAAACCAAUUUUGUCACAGUCUCAAUUGUAAGUGUUUUUGUAGGCUCAAUGCCAUAACAACAAGAGGUAAAAAUAGCUAUGAUGUUUUGCUGUUUUCCCUGUCAGGUAUUUUAAGAUAGGAUCAUUAAAUGCACCUGCUUUGGGUAACACUAUUUGCAAGCAGUAAUUAAUGCUAAUAAUAGUAAAAGCACAAGAUUUCCAAAUCAAUCAUUUCCUCAUAGAAGUAUUGCAUAAGUGAUUCACUUUGCCUACUGACUCUGGAGCUCCCAGCUUGGAGCAAAAUCCAUCCAUGUGAAAUUGAUAAGGAUUUCCUAGAGGUACUGGAGUGUUGUCAUAGCUUGCUUGGUUUUUUUUCUGCCAUUAAGACCUGUUGCCUUUACUUUUAAAGAGCAAUUUGAAUAGGAAUAACUGUUGUCAAGAUAUUCACAUAAUGUAUAUGAAAAACACCCAGAAAUGGACACCAGUCAACAUCUAAUAGAGGUAAAUUGUAUAAUUAGACACAAACAUGUUUGUACAGCGUGGCAGGGACCAAUCAGUGAAUGAUAGAGGUGUGUGGAGUGUCACUUAUCUUACUUAUUUUUCUACUGUAACAUUCAAAGCUGUAGCUUAAACUUUUCAUUUAUGGAUAAUUCUUUGUACUGUCAGCCUUCAGUAUACUUUGUGCUUUGAAUUAAUUUUUUAAUUUUGAAUUAAUUUUAAUAAACUAUGCAGACAUUUAAAAUCAUAUACUGAGUAAAACUGAAAAAGAUGUGAGCUGUACUUUAAAAAGCUAUUUUACAUUAAAAUUUAUCUUCUAUAAAUAGCUUUAAAUAAGUCUAUGUUAUAUGAUAACUCUAUAUACUGAUUGAGAAAAAAAUAAAUAUUAAAUCUGGGAGUGGGGGAAGCCUUAGUUUUCUUCAUUGUAUUUUUCAGUGAAAAUCCUAAUAUAAAUAAUAUGUAUUUUUUCAAAUGUAUUUUUCUUAAUAAAUGAAAAUAGGGCUCCCAGAGCAGCAGAACUAAAAUUAUGUGGACACUGAAAAAAACAUUGAGACUUGAUAAUGAUGUUGAAAUGUCCAACAAACUUAAUUUUCCCAUAUAAAAAUAAUUUUAGAUACUUGUAGUACCAUUUAAGAUUCAAAUGAUUAUGUGAUGAUUUCUGUCUGUUUUUGCUCUGUCUGUUAAUAAAUUUAGGAUGCCGAAGAGAUCUGAAAAUGUAAAUUUUUAAUAAAUUUAAGUCAAUUCACAUACUAAA